AUGGCGAACGAAAGUAUGAAUACCUCAAUCGAUAAGUAUUACCAGAAGAUGUCCCAUAAGGAGCAGAUCCUUAUGCGGCCGGCCAUGUAUAUCGGCUCGGUCGAGGAGACGAAGGACCCAAUGUGGGGCUUCAAUCCGGACACAAAGCAGAUGGAGUUCAAGGAGUACUCAUACGUGCCCGGCCUGUACAAGAUCUACGACGAGAUCAUCGUGAACGCGGCCGACAACAAGCAGCGCGACAAGAAGAUGAACUCCAUCAAGAUCGACAUUGACAAGGAGGAAAACAAGAUCUCCGUCUACAAUAACGGUGCCGGUAUUCAUGUAUCCAUCCACAAGAAGGAGAACAUGUACAUUCCGACCAUGAUUUUUGGACACCUACUGACAUCCUCGAACUAUAACGACGCCGAGAAGAGAGUCGUCGGUGGUCUCAACGGUUACGGAGCUAAAUUGUGUAACGUCUUCAGUACCAAAUUUAUCGUCGAGACGGCACGAGAUGGCAAAAAGUUCAAGCAAACCUGGAAAAAUAACAUGUCGGACGCGGGUGAACCUAUCAUAUCAUCAUCCUCGGGUCCAGAGUUCACCAAGGUCACCUUUUAUCCGGAUCUCAAAAGGUUUGGAAUGUCAGAGUUGACUGAUGACAUUGUCGCUAUAAUGUUGCGCCGCGCCUACGACAUCUGCGGAACCCUCUCAGGAGUCGCUGUCACCUUGAACGGAGAGAGACUACCAUACAAAGGGUUCAAAGACUACGUCAAACAGUACUUAGGCGACACGGACUUCGCAUACGAAGAGUGCGAGAAUGGAAGAUGGCAGGUAGCCCUGGCCCCCGGAGAUGGUGACGCUUUCAAACAAGUGAGUUUUGUGAACAACAUUGCCACCACUCGUGGCGGUAAGCAUGUCGACUAUGUGGCAGAUCUAGUUCUAGACCCUCUAUUAGAGGCUGUCAAGAAGAAGAACAAAGAGAAGACAGCUGUGAAAAAGCCUCAAGCCAAAAAGCAUCUAUUUUUAUUUGUCAACAGUCUUAUCGAGAACCCAGAUUUCGACUCGCAAUGCAAGGAGUACCUCAACACCAAGCCUGUUAAGUUCGGCAGUAAGUGUGAGCUGACCGACAAAUUCCAGAAGAAAGCCCUCAAGAUUGGAGUCGUAGAGAGCAUCAUCAGUGCGGCUCAAAGCCAUGCCAGAACUCAGCUCGAAUCAAAGAGUGGUAGGAAGACUGGAACCAUCAACGUCCCGAAAUUGAUCGACGCGAAUAUGGCCGGUAAGGCACAAUCGAAACAGUGCACCCUCAUCCUCACCGAGGGAGAUUCGGCAAAGAGUUUGGCAGUCUCUGGUACUUCGGUCAUCGGUCAGAAUUAUUUCGGUAUAUUCCCUCUGAGGGGUAAGCUUCUGAAUGUUCGUGAAGCCAAGUCCAAACAGAUAUCCGAAAACGCUGAGAUCAAUGCAAUCGUCAAGAUAUUGGGUCUUAGCUACAAAAAAGGUUACCAGAACCCAGAAGAUCUCAAAGAUUUGAGAUAUGGAAAAAUUAUGAUCAUGACCGAUCAGGAUGUCGACGGCUCUCACAUCAAGGGUCUGAUUAUCAAUUUUAUACAUUCUCAGUGGCCAUCACUUAUUAGACACCAACAAUUUCUUCAGCAGUUUAUUACGCCGAUUGUUAAGGCGCGCAAAGGCAGCCAGACACUCAACUUUUACAGUCAGCCUGAAUUUGAAGAAUGGAAAAAGAAUACAUCGAACUACAAUUCUUAUCAUAUCAAAUACUACAAGGGUUUGGGUACUUCGACUGCCUCAGAGGCUAGGGAGUACUUCAGCGACCUUGAGAGGCACAGAAUCAACUUCAAAUAUGGUGGUAAAGGCGAUGAUGAUGCAAUCGUCAUGGCUUUCAGCAAAGAUAUGAUUGAAGCGCGAAAACAAUGGCUCCAGAAUGAUAUGGAGCAGAGGAAGAGGAGACGUGAAUUGGGUCUCCCCGACGAAUACCUCUAUGGAGAACAGACUCACGAGAUAGUUUACCAGGAUUUUAUCAACAAAGAGCUUAUUCAUUUCAGUAGGUCCGACAACGAUCGUUCCAUUCCGUCUGCUAUGGAUGGUCUCAAGCCAGGUCAGCGAAAGGUACUAUACGUUUGCUGCUUGAGGAAUGACAAGCGUGAAGUCAAAGUUGCCCAACUUGCCGCCUCAGUCGCUGAGAAGUCGGCUUACCACCACGGUGAACAAUCACUCCAGCAGACCAUUGUUGCAUUGGCUCAAAAUUUCGUGGGCUCGAACAACAUUAACCUGUUGCAACCGCUCGGUCAGUUCGGUACCCGCCUUAGAGGUGGUAAGGACUCGGCCAGCGCCAGAUACAUCAAUACGAUGCUUAAUAGUUUGACAAGGAAGAUUUUCCGACCAGAAGACGACCCUCUUCUGAACUAUUUGGAGGAUGAUAACUUGACGGUCGAGCCAGAGUACUAUGCUCCAAUCAUCCCGAUGGUCUUGGUCAACGGAGCUGAAGGCAUAGGUACCGGAUACUCGACCAAGGUGCCUAUGUACAAUCCCAAAGACAUCAUUGCCAACAUAAGAAGGUUGAUUAAGGGUGAUGCGCUAAAGCCGAUGGUCCCCUGGUACAGAGAUUUCCGUGGACACAUAGAACAAAUUGGCACUAGCGUAGUCAUAAGCGGUACUUUGCGGAGGAACAUGUAUGAGCCUACUGAAUUUGAAAUCACCGAACUUCCUGUUGGAACCUGGACUGAAUCUUAUACUGAAUCUGUGUUGAAGCCACCGGCAGAGGCUGGCGUCAAACCAAAUCCUUCCGCGCCUUACAACUUUAUUGAGGAUCUGUCCAACUACCCUGAUGACACAUUUGUGCGUAUGACCUUUAGAGUACCAGAGGAUAGAAUACGUUCCAUCGGCCCUGAAGGUCUCUACAAGUCUUUCAAGCUUCAAACUACCCUAUCCCUAAAUUCUAUGGUCUUAUACGACCCUAAGCUCUGCCUCAAGAGAUACGAAUCUGCCGAGGAAAUCAUGAGGGACUUCUUUGAUGAGCGGCGAAAGUUUUACCACAAGAGACGCGAAUAUGUGAUCGGCAUGCUCAAGGCUGAAUCAGAAAAGUUGGAGAAUCAGGCUAGGUUCUUAGGUGAUUAUCAAGCUGUAUCGAGUUUCUUGCUCAAGGAGCCUGAGUUAGAGAAAUACAUCCAAUGGUUGGUCGACCACCGCUAUGCACGCGACCCUGUGCGUCGUUGGAAGGCUGGUCUGAAGAAUGUUGUCGUUCAACAAGAAGAAACCGACGAAGCCACCACGAAAGAUGAAGCUGAUUUCGGCUAUCUGAUGAAUACUACCACCAGACAACUGACCAAACGCGACAAGAACUCGCUCUUAAAGAAGCGAGACGAAAAGAUGCUCGAGCUUGAUAAGAUGGUUCGUUCCACCAUCGAGGAUCUAUGGCUCGCUGACCUUGAGGAACUCGAGGCCGAAUACGCCAAAUGGCUCGAGGGUCUACAAAAAAUGCAAAAAGAGGCCAGGGAUGCAAGGAAAGCGCACAAGAAGACAUUGAAAACAGGUGGAGGAGGUAGAUCUAAAGGCAAGGGUUCGGCUGUGGCUGACGCUCGGGAUCUCGAGCCGUCUGAAGAUUUUGAAACCAUCUCACCACCACUUGAUGAAUACAGAAAGAAAAGCACAACCCAAGCUAUCAAACGAUUGAAGAAAGCAGCUGGUCCAGUUAAGAAGGGUGCCAAAGGUAAGAAGAAGCUGAACCCUGACGACGACGAUACAAUCUUGGAUGACUCCGACGAAGAUGAUGAAACUGACGUCGAAGUUUUGGAUGACGACGAGGUUACCACCGCAAAGCCUUCAAAAUCUGUGCCCACCAAGAAGAGCAACGGUGCGAAUGGGACCGCUGCGGCUGAGAAGAAGUCCGCAAAGAAGAAAUAUGACUGGGAGAGUGACUCGGAUGCUCCGGAAACGACCUUUCAUCUUUCCUCGUCUGAUGACGAAAUCCUACCAGUGUCAAAGAGGCGCGUUAAGGAUGAUAAGGAAGUAGACAAAAAACCAAGACUAGACAGCGGUGACGAUACCGAUAUCGAAACAAUCGAAUAA